CCAUUCUGUGCGGCACUCCCCGUACAGCUCCGUGCGUCCUCGGUGCGAACCGAGGGCUCCGACCGGGCUGUUGUCUGCGAUUCUCGAAGAAAACGCGGGACGUUAGAAAAAAGCUUCACGGAAUAACCUUCAGCAAACCUUCUCACACACAGAAUCCGCUGUUGGAGAGGACAUGGAGUGACGGAGAGCGGGAGAAAGGGGCUUUUUCCGAGGACGGCGUGCUCCGCUGAAACCCAACAUGGCGCUGCUGCGAGGUACGGCCGAGCUGAAUUAAUUUCUCCGCGAAUCCGCCGACCUCGCCACCUGUAUCCUUUGGGGGGCCCGGGCCAAACGGCGCAUUGCUCUCCGACUUAAAGGACCUGAACGGAUUUUCUUUUGUGGAUUUCUCUGUAUCCCGGCGUUUGUUUUUCCUCGGCGCAGGAUCUUUUUGUUGCUUUAUGGAAACCCAAGUGACAUUUUCAGCAGCAAAAAGUCCGUUUGAAAUAUAGGGUAAUGGAUGAGAGUUGUAUGUAGACAAUAGAAUAAAGACCAAGAGCUUUAUAUGUGAGACUUGUUUUGUUUUGAGACAAGUGGAUAACCUGUUAGACACUUUUAGUUGUUUUUUUUUUUUUUUUUUCCCUUUGGCCGGGAUCGUCUGUCUCCAGCAGACAGGACCGUAACCGGGCUCGUCUACGUACGCACGGAUCGCUGCCCUCCUAGUUAACUUGGCAAAACAGGAAAAAAGACGUGAGUUGGGGCGCACGGACCACGGCUGGAACUUGCACCAAUUAACCAGGGCAACAUCUGUUCGUGAUGUCGAUGCUGAGGCACAAACCAACCUGGAACUAAGACAAGGGAACCACAUCACACAAAACAUGGUGGAUGCAAGGUUGACGCCCCUGGCAGCAAUGGGGCUGGACCGAGGCACUCUGAUACAUGAUGGUCUUCGUCUGCAUAGUGGUGUUGUGUACCCAGGAAUCAGAGCACUACCAGCGGAGAAGAGCCGGGAGACACCCACCCUCCCGCUCACUUAUAACAGGGAUGGUCUCCCAGAACUCAUCUACAAGCCUGAUGGCCCUCUGGACAGUCGUAAGCCCACAAAUGGAUAUCUCGGCCUUUACAAGGGCACACAUCCAAGUCUCCACAAGCCUGUGCUGGUUCCUGGAGCUGGAAAUGAAGGUCUGGGCUUGGAACGCAGAGUAGGGCCUGGAGAAAAGGCAUCUGAACUGGGCUUGGCAACUGCUGGUGGCAGCUACCUCCGCAUGCCGUGGCUCAGCCCUUACCCUGAAGCAAGCAUGUAUCCCUUCAUGGACACAUCCAAGUACGCAGCUCUAAACAUGUACAAAGCGUCCUUGCUCAGCCAAACCAACCCCUAUCUUCCCCAGCACCUGCCCUACCCGACUCUGUGUGGAGCCCAGGGGGGCAAUGUUACCUCUGCUGCAGCUGCCUCUGCUGCUGAGAGGCUCUACUAUAUGCCUCCCUAUCCUCCCUCUCCCAUCUCUUCUCCCCUGGUGGCACCCCCUAUGAGGAUUCCUGCAGUCACAGUGGCCCCCACAUCACUGGUGCACUGCCAAGAUAAGGGGCUUGGUGUUGCACCUCAAUUUGCACAGCAGCUUCACCAACCUUCCCCUCAUCCUCAGCACCAUCAGGCUGCUAUAGACAGGGACCGGUCCCCAAGCAGGAGCAACAGACCAAGCAGACCUCCUUCUAGGAAGAGUUCAAGCACCAACAAUAAUACCAGUAGUACUAGCACUAGUGGCACCAGUGGUGGGAAUAAUAAUAGUAUACCUACUGAUUCUUCUCCUCACAUGUCUUCUCGCCUCCCUCAACCUCCCCCUCCUCCUGCUCUUCUCGACAAUUCACUGGAUCUACAAAGACCAGUUGCCAGGAUAGGACAACCAUCCACAUCCUCUUCUUCUUCAGUAUCUGCCUCAUCCUCAUCCACGCAGUCCAUUCCUCAUCCUUUCUCUGUCAGCAGCAUGGCAUCAGAGCAGCCCUCUCCUGCCCGACCCAGCCCCCACAAAAACAGGCAAAGAGAAGGGGCCUCCGAGCACAGAAGUGUAGGAGUCGAGAGAAGACCCAGCAGGUCCCCUUCUAAAGUAAAUUUUGAGAGGCCAGCUCACCAACCCCAAGCAACCAAAGACUCAGCAGAGAAGCCCUUGGAUUUGUCUGGGAGAAUGCUGGAGUUUGGACUACCUUCUAGUGGAUUUCCAGUUAAGAUGGACCCUAUGGCAUCAGGUGCACGUUACGGACUUCCUCCAAGCCGAGAGCUCCUAAAGGAAAACUUGUCCCUUUCUCCUUCCUCUCAUCCUCACUCUGUGGUUAGCAGCACUUCUUCAAAGGUCUCAGACAGGCCAGAGAUGAUCAGCACUUUACACUCCUCCUGGGUUGUACCGAGCCCAUCUCCCUCACACACACAGCACACACCAGGCUUGCCCCCCUCUCCAAGGCCCAACACAGACCUGGGUCUUUCACAAGCCAAAGGCUCUUCACCCUCUGUCAUCAAAAACAAGAGUCUGGAGAGAGUACUCCCUCAACAACGUAGCUCAUCCUGUCCACGGAUAGGAGAGCCUAACCAUAAUGUUUCCACCACUCAACACUCUGGCUCCUCUUUGGUCAGCUCCAGGGCUCUUUCUCCCAAACCUAAUGGUGAGUGGGUCAAACACAGCCCCAGCCAAUCAGAUCAUCCACAAGUUGCAGGCCACCACAGAGAGGGAACAGAGAAGUCCUCCCAGACCACUAAGAGAGGUGAAACAACUCCAGAUGUGUCAUCAUACAAGAGGCCUUGUUUAGAGAAUGGUCACCCUCCUAGCCAUCUUUACCUUCCUCAAAGUGAUUAUUUGAACCACAGCUUGGCUUAUGCCAACAGAUACUUACACUACCCCAUCCCUGAAGGCAUGGCGCUACACUCUGUGCCAAUAGGAGGGAAAGGCCCUGUCUACCCUCACCCAGUAUUGCUGGGCAGCAGCAGCCUUUACCCAACCCACUUGGCAGCAAAACACCCUUUACCCUACCACAAUCUCCCAGCUGGUCCUGCAGGGGAGUACCUCACUUAUAACUCACAGGAGAUGGUCCAUCCCUUGAUGCAGACACACUCUGACAAGCUGCCAGAAAGGGCAGAUGCAACAUUGAAACCCCGGGGACAGGAGAAAUCCCGGGGAGCUGUCGAAGAAUGUGGGAGUCACAGAGAUCACAACACUGGGAAAGAGACAGGCGAGGGAAAUCAGAUGAAGCCUGAUAAGGAGGCGGGAGCACAAGGACAUGGUGGAAGUCAUAGCAAAACCCCCUCUUCCUCUGCAACAUCCAGAGAAAAGAUUGUCUGCAUUGACCUUGUACACUCAGACACAGAUAUUGAGUCUGCCCCAACAGUCCACAAACAGCCCUCUGCUGAGACAAGCACCAAGGUUAACCAAAAUGAAUGUUGUCAUAGUAACCAAAAUCUGACAAAGACUGACUAUGAGCCAAAACACCAACACCACCUUCCCAAUCCUUAUCCGAUCCCCUCUGGACAGAGCCCCAACCUAAAGCCCAACCACACUGACAGACAGCCAGAAAUUUCCUUUGGAAAAACAAAGGUUCUCCAGGACACAGGCUGCCCUGGGGUGACAUCCAGCACAUCCCCAACUUCACCAGGGCAGGCUGUUCAAGCAGAAGAGAGCUCUGAGGAGCAGAGCCCCAGCCCAGACCCUGGAGACCAAGACCAGAGCACCCUGCGCUGUGCCCGCACAUCAGGGGAGCGCAGCUCUGGUAAGGACAAAAGCGACAGGGACAACCAAGCUCCUCGUCUUAUACAACACUGCGCAGAUGUGGUGAAGGAUUCAGACCAUGAAAAAAUGAGCGACAGAGAGACUGAAAAGGAAAACAGUAUUGUUGACCUAGGGGAGUCUCAAGGAGAAGGGGAUGACGAAGAAGAAGAUGGUUGCCAGAAUUCAUCUAAAGGCUCUCGUAGAUCCAGUCUGGCCAAAAGGAUUGCUAACUCCUCAGGCUACGUCGGUGACCGUUUUAAAUGUGUCACCACUGAGCUGUAUGCUGACUCCAGCAAGCUGAGCCGUGAACAGAGAGCUCUGCAGAUGGAAGUCAUAUCACGAGAGGGGAGUAAUAUAAGUCAACCUGCAGCUAACUGGGAGCGGGCGAUGAUGCGGUUCUCGGAGCUGGAGCUGAAGGAGAAGGAGGGCGGCGGUGUGUGUGUGUCUGCCCCGGCAGCGGCAGCAGGACGGGAGCUGGCAGACGGCCAGCGCAGAGAGCGAGCGCUGGAGCACUGCCAACACACCACCAGGCAGGGAGAGAGGGAGGGUGUCCGGCCGCCCUAUACAAACAACAGGGUUCCAGUCCUCCAGAGGUGUGGGGGCCUGAGAGAGCCUUUGUCCCCAGGCCACGGAGUCCAAGAUGGGGCCAGAGGUGUCAGCCAAGGAGGGCUAAAGGACGGAGCCAGGAAGGCGUUAAGAGAGUCCGAAGAAAAUCAUUGUAUGCCACCCACUUUGACACCAUCAAAAGGGUACCUUGAGGAGAAGGUCAACCCCGGCUUUGGACCCACCAGGAAACGCCCACUCUGCCUCAAGACUGAGCAACAAGACGCAGAGAGGGAGGAAGAAGAGAGGGUGUCCCUGCCAGAGAAAAGAGCCAAGCUCACUACGGAUGAGCGUGACCAGGCCAGUCACGACGAUGACGAUGACGAGGAGGUGCGGAAGCUCAAAGUCUGCAUCGAGCUCAAGGGACUGCGACUCAGCAAGCCUGCCGCCGGUGCCACUUCACCCGACGGGAUCCAGAUCAAACAGGAGAGGCCGUGGCCACAGCCCCGACUGCUGAACCCGCUCCAGAGUGUACGGGAUCGCAAGAUCAGGCCGAGCGAGCCCGAGGACAGAGCGGCGGCGCAGAUCAACAGGAAAUGGGUCUGCGAGAAGCUGCCUAAUGGAGUAGCUGCUGCUGCUGCUGCUGCUGCUGCUGCUGCUUCCCUUCCCCCCGGCCAGCUGAAGGACAGAGCGCACCCGCCGAACCCCUUCUCAGGUGACCGUGGCCUCAAGGAGCCCAGGAGGGGCCCCCCCUCUCCGGCCCCGGAGCCGUCCGCGGGAGGCACCCCUCCCCUCAAGCCCCGUCGCCAUAGUGACACGGACAAGCCCAAGGGCAAGCGGCCGUGCAAGACCAAACACACCAGCCAGAGGGAGCGAGAGCGGGAGAAAAGGAAGGAGGCCACACCUAGCAGCCCGGGCCAGCGCUGCGUGGCCGAUCUGGGAACAGCUGAAGAUGACAAGCUGAGUGAGCAGCGCGGCGCUCCGAGGAAGAGAGCCGCCUCUCCUAAUCAUUAUCCCUGCUCUCCAGUCAAGCCUUGCUCCCCCACCGCGCUCUGUCCGCCCUCCCUGCAGCCCCAGGCGAACGGCAGAGCGCCGGGCGCUGCUCCACCGGAGGCGGCGGCGGCGGCGGCGUUGGCAGCGGCUGGCCUGCACCGGACCCCCCCUGCUGAGCCCUCCGUGGUGCGUCCGAUCCCGCCGGAGGCUCGCCGGCUGAUCGUGAACAAGAACGCUGGGGAGACUCUGCUCCAGAGAGCUGCGCGGCUGGGCUACGAGGAGGUGGUGUUGUACUGUCUGGAGAACAGAGUAUGCGAGGUGAAUCACAGAGACUACGCCGGAUACUGCGCUCUCCACGAGGCGUGCGCCCGCGGCUGGCUCAGCAUCGUCCAACACCUGCUGGAUUACGGCGCCGACAUCAACUGCAGCGCACAGGAUGGCACCAGACCGAUUCAUGACGCCGUGGAGAAUGACCACCUGGACGUGGUGCGAGUCCUGCUGUCUUAUGGCGCUGACCCCACCCUGGCUACAUACUCUGGCCGUGGCCUGCUCAAGAUGACCCACAGCGACGGCAUGGAGCGCUUCCUCACUGAUUAUUUUGCUGACCUUCAGGGCCGCUCGGAUGACGACCCGGGGCUUUAUUGGGAAUUCUAUGGCAGCGCUGUGUGUGAGUCUAGCGAAGAAGGCGGCAUCUACGACAUCCUGGCCGACCCCCCAGGCCCAGAGGACGAGGACGAGGAUGAUAAAAGGGAGGUGUUUGAGUUCGAGUUCUCUGACCGACCUCUCCUGCCUUGCUACAACAUCCAGGUGUCCCUCUCCCAGGGACCGAGAAACUGGCUGCUGCUGUCCGACGUGCUUCGCCGGCUGCGGAUGUCGGCCCGCGGGUUCCGACAGACCUUCCCCCACAUGGAGGUGGUGACGGUGGCGGAGGCAGAGUUUUACCGACAGGCGUCCCUGUCGCAGCUCUUCUCCUGCCCAGAGGAGCUGGAGGGCUUCCAUCCCGACAGCAAGGAGCUGCUGGACCUGGUGGAGGACAGCGCCGAGCUGGCCGCCCUGCUGGGCUCCACGCUGGAGUGUCUGGACGACCGCUGGGACCACCCGGGGGACAAACUGAAGGACAAAAUCAAGGCCGUCGGCAAGUUGGGCUCAUCCUGACCCCUCUGACCCGCUGAACCCUGACCUUGAAAUCCUUAUCGACUGCAGUUUGCUUCAGAACCGAGCAGGGGUUGUGAUGAUUUGCCUUAUAGCCUGACGCUUCGUUCCUGCGCUUCGGCCCGAACCCGGACCAGCACUGGUGCACUGUACAGAUGGACUGACCUACUGGCUGACUGGGCUGCUGAAACGUUUCCCUCUGAGGAUCAAUACAUUUGUGACUCAACAGACUUAAUAAUGGUCUUAUUUUUAUAAAUUAAUAUAUGUAUAAAUAAAUAAAUAUAUAAAUAUAUAAAUAUAUAUAUAUAUAAAAUAUCGAGAGAUUUUUUUUUUUCCCGGAUGUUGCUCACGACUCUUCCCUGAAAGAUUUUUUUAUGGAGCUGCAGUCGCGUUGCCAGCGACUGGACGGAGUGUGUGUGUGUGUGUGUGUGAGCGCGCAGCACAUUGUGCAUGUGUGUAGCUGUACAGAAUAGUACUGAGGCUGUGCUAUUGAAUGUGGUAUUUGUGUUUAUAGGAAGCACAUGAUGUCCUGUUUUUUUUUUUUUUUUUUUCUUCCUUUCUUCCUCCUCAGACUUUAGUGCUCGCUUGAGCCUCAGGGGCUAUUUUGUUGUAUUUUUUUAUGUUCAGAUUUUUUGCUUCCUGUUUAGUCUGUAAUUUAACAUGCAAAACUACAAAAUUGUUUGUAUAAUAAAAGUUUUAAGAUGAUGUUGAUAUUUCACCCUUCGGCACAGAGCUUGUACAUAACAGGGAGG